GAAAAUCUCAUACAAAAACAGUGACAAAACUUAUGUUGGGGCUUUUAGUGGCAAGAAAUUUUGUUGUAAUAUAUUAAAUAAAAAAGUUUAUAAAUUAUUCAUUAAUAAACAAAAAAGAAACUUGUGAAAUAAAUUAAUUAAAAAAGCUAAAUAAUGUAAGAAAUAUGAAAUAAAUUCAAAAUACAAUGACCACUUUAACAAAGCCAACAACAAAAUAAUAUUUUUUCUAUUGUGGUCAUUGUCUUAAAAAGAAGAAAAUCUCAAAAAAAAAAUAAAAAUUCUAAUUUAUUUUUGGAUAAUAUAAGUGAAAAGUCAAAAAUCUAGAGCAUUUUUCUGUUGGCUAAGUUUGGAGAGGGAAAUACAGAAGCACUUGUUUGUUUGGUUGUUAAGUGAAAAAAAAAGAAUUGUUGAUUUGAAACUAGUAAAACGUGAAUAUUUAAAUAAAUACAUAUAUAUUUUCUUAAAAAUUAAUAAAAAAAAGACAAAAAACAACAACAUAAGCAACAUCAGCUAGAAAAUGGAAAACGAACGUUUGCGUAUUACUUUAGAUAAUCCCAACAAAUUGUAUAUAGCCGGGCAAACAAUAAAGGGUGAGAUUUGGUUUAAUCUAACCAAACGUACAAAAAUUCGUGCUAUUAAAGUCCAAAUCACUGGGAAAGGCAAAUGUAAAUGGAUGGAAAUAUUACGUAAAAAUUCCAAUUCGAAUAAUGAAACUACACGCAGUCUUUUUUAUUCGAGCAAAGAAAUUUAUGCACACAAUGAAAUACCUUUAUCGGUAUUUGAACCUCGUGGCAUUGAACUAAGUCCCGGUGAACACACUUUUGACUUUGCCAUGCCAUUAGAUCUAUUUCUUCCGUCAAGUUUUAAGGGCAGUCACGGUUCAAUUAAGUAUAAACUACGUAUACUCAUACAAAGACCCUGGUCAUUUGAUGAACGCCAUUCGAUACCAAUAAAUGUUAUGAAAAAUAUGCCUUUACCACCGGUGUAUCGGUUAAAUCCCACACCAUUGGAAAAACAAAUUACAAAAACUAUAAGUCUAUUUGGUACACGUCCCAUUAGUAUGUUGGCGUUACUUCCCGAAGACUUUGCGGUGAGAGGGGAACCAUUACGUAUAUGUGUGACGGUGACAAAUAACAGCACUACCAAUGUGGAGAAAUUACGUUUUUGUGUACUGCAAUAUAUAACCUAUUACAGUCAUGUACCCUUGAGGGUACAAAAAAUGGAAAUUAUUCCCAUAGCGCAUAAGGAAACGGGUUCGGUGCACAAGAAAAGUGAACGUUCAUUUGCCCAUGAACUACUAAUACCGGAAAUGGCCCAGCCUACAGAUGACGCGCUAUCGGGGGUUAUUAAUAUAACCUAUGAAUUGCGUGUUGAAGCGGUUUUAAGAGGUUUCUUUAAAAAUCUCGUUCUUAAUAUGCCUUUUAAAAUGUAUACAAAUGAGACUGAAGCAGCUGUACGUUUAGCGCCCAACUUACCUCAUCCACCUAUGCCGCCGGAACAAAGCAACGGUGCUGGCAAUCCUUUUGAACAGUCUUCCAAUUCUAUAGCUAUGUAUCCACCUUUAGAUACAUCCAUCGGUUCUCCAUCUCAUUCAUCACAGUAUAGCAGCGAAUCGAGUUCUUUGCACUCCACUACUUCUGAUUCUUCAGCAGCCACUUUAAGCCCUGCUGUAGGUGGUACGGCGCUUUCUUACACUUCGGGUUCAUCGUCACAAUUUAAUAGUCCCUCUAAUCGUGCUAGUCUUCGCAGUAAUUCCAAUGUACCAUAUAUGCCUUAUUCAAGUAGUCCGAUGAUGAUUAAUUCAUAUCCACCACCAGCAGGAAAUAUGCCACCAUAUCCACUAUCUGAUUCACCACAAUACUCACUAAUGCAACAGCAUCCACAUCAGGGUACGCCGACACCACCGCCACCAAUGAAUAAUUUAAAUCGAAGUUCAAUGAUGUCAUCGCAUUAUGCCUCGGUAACGUCAUCGACGUAUAUGUCAAUGCGACCACAGCCGGGAGCCCAUGAAUUGCCUCCUUCCUAUGAAGAAUUAUUUGGCAAUGCUACCGCUCCACCGGAGACGCCCAAAUGAGAUAUUUUUCUAAGUCUGUAAUUUUAUACAGAAUUAGUGAAAUAAUAGCAAACACACAUAAACAAAAAAGCAUGGAACAAAGUUACUAAACCCACCCCUUUUUUGAAACAAUUCAAUUACUAAAGUCGAAAGCAAGUUUAACACUGACGAACAAAGGGAUUAAAAUAAAAAUGGAGAAAAACGCCAGUAGUGUAGACACAAACCCUUAUAAAAAAUUGUUA